GUCAGCGGCCAUCAUUUGACAGUCGGGAUUGCAUGUUGUUUUCCUUGUUUUCGUUCCCUACGUGUGGUGGAAUAGAUUUACCUACGCCAUGGGGAAAGCUAAAAAACCGAAAACCCACAAGAACAAGCUGAAUCCAACGGGACUGGUUGAGAUGAACGCACUGCUGGACCAGGAACUCGCAAAUGGGAAGUCCGAUUCACCGAUACAGGCUAUUGUUGACCAGCUGCAGUCGUCCAGUGUGGAAGAUAAGAUAUGUGGGCUGCAAACCUUGGCCACUAUUUGUCAGACCAACGUUAACAUCGCUGCGGUGGUUGAGAGUGACAUCGUGCGGAUUGCCGCCUCACUCCUGGUGGAUCCGGAUAAAAGCGUUCGCCAUGCUACGGCUGGUGCGUUCCGCAAUCUGUCGGUACAAAGUGUGGAAAUAUGCGAGUACAUGGUCGAUCAGGAUGUGUUGACCCCGUUGAUGGCACUGUUGAACAAAUAUACGCUUUCGGCGGGCAAUUGGAAACCAACGUUCGAUCGAAAUAUGCAGGAUCAGAUGGAUGAAAAAUCGGACACUUUUCUGCAAGCGGUCAGCUUGUUGUGGAAUCUGUGCGAGAGCACAUCGGUAGCGCUGGACAGUUUCAAUCAGUCGCAUCUGCUGGAGAGCUUUGUUACGUACAUCGAUUUUAAGGUGUACGGGAAAGAAAUCGCGGUUGCUGUCGCUCAGUGCCUGUUGGUUAUAUCUGAGGAUAACGUGUCCUCCUGGAGGAUCCUAUCCAACUACGGAAAUGAAAUAGCAUCCUUGUUACCACUGGAAGGAGACAGUUCAAAUGUUUUGCUGCGAACUGUUGCUGCAGGAAUAAUUGCGAAUGUACCAGCACUUGCGGCCACUUAUGGACGGCAACUGUUUUUGGCUCUCUCCAAAACCCUGGAAAUUAACCAUCGCUCGGCACUGGGAAGUUUGACCAGUUCACUACCGUUGGUCUCACGAAAAGACGUCGUUGAAUUGGAGGUUGCCGAUGAGACUCAGAUGGAACAGGAGUCCGCGGAACAGUCAUUCCAACGUAGAAGACGUGCCGACAUGCCUUCGGAAAUUGAACUAGAUAUUAAGAAUGUCGGCUGGCUUCUUCAAGCGCAGCGUAUUUCCGCCGAAAUUUUGACAAACAUCUGCUCGACCGAAGAGGAAGAGUGGCAAGAGGAUAUGGACGAGGAGAAUCUUUCGGAAGCGGAAAGUGUACACGAUUAUGAUACUAACGGUGCCAACGAUAGUUUACAGAACACGGACAAAUUGCCAGUAGAAAUACUGGAAGCUAUCAAAUCGCUUGGAUUCGUCGAGAAGCUUUGGCAGAAAGCACAACCAAUUGCCGAAAAUGUUCGACAGAUUCUUGAGGAAAACGAUAAGAGCAUUUUGAAGCGAGUUGAUAACUUGAGGGCCUCUGCAAUGCUGUGUCUGCACAAUUUAUGCAAUAAUAUCUCAACCGAUGAUCUUGGUGGAGCGGAAACUGUGUAUCAAGUUUGGUUGGAACUUGGUCAGCAAGUUUUCCAAGGUCAACAGAAUGCUAAACUUUUGGAAGCGUCCACAUCUCUGAUGAGGGCUACCCUGGAACAUUUGCGCAAAAGCCCAGAACUGUUCAAGCAAAUGACCGAGAACGAUCUCCAGCUGAUGCUGAGCGGUGUCACCGGGUGCCAACAUCCGGAGAUUCGUGCAAACUGGCUGCGAAUGCUGGGUAUCCUUGGCUGUCUUCUCUCCGAGCCACUAAUCAAAAUCAUCAUCGAUUUCGUUCUCACCUCCUGUCUGAAGGAGCAAGAUAUUUGGACCAUUUCGGAAGCGAUGGACUCGAUGAUGGAUAUUUUCGCGGAAAACGAUUGGAAUCAGAUAGUGCACGAGCUGGGAAUGGUGGCGAAAUGUAAGGAACUGGAUCGAAUAAUGAAAGCUAAAGUGAAGCAGAGCAAGCGUGAACUGAACGAGCGCUAUCCGGCGGUUUGUACCGUGCGGACAAAUCUUAGCCGGUUCUGCAAGUACCUGGAGGGUGAAAUGAAAAAAUUCGUACCCAACAUGGAAGCUUGAGCAUUUGGUUCUUUUAGUUACUGUGUGGACAACAAGUCAUAUAUUUAAAGCUAUAUAUGUAGGUAUAAAAAAUUAGUUGUCACCUGCCUCUUUAGUCGUUAGAAGUAAUAGAGAUGCACUCUGAUAAAGUCAAUCUUUGGUAGAAACUA